AAAUUUAUUCCGAAAUAAAAAUAAGAUAAAAUGGAAGAAAAUGAAAACAUGAAGAAAAAAACUUCUCCUUAGUGUACAAAUGGGGCAUCUUUCUGAAUUUAUUUUUGGAUUUAUGCCGGGAGCAUUUGCAGGUGCAAUGUACGUAAUCAUCGCACAACCACUGGAUGAAAUUAAUUUCAAAAUGGAACAUUUUUCACAAGAUUAUAAAAAUCGUUAUGAUUGUUUUAAAAAAACUAUAAAACGUGAGGGAAUAUUUCGUGGAUUAUAUUCGGGGGCUAUAUUAAAUCUAUAUAUUCACAUGAUUGAAAAUGCAACAUUAUUUGCAAUGUUACCAUAUUGUGCCAAAGGAGUUCGAAUUUUAAGUAUGAAACAAUCUUACCAGGAGUUUUCAUUAUUAGAAAAAUCUUUAUCUGGUUCAUUAGCAGCAUUUUUCACAUCUUUUCUCCAUUGUCCUGCAACAGUUUUAAGUAAUACUAUGCAGGAAAUACGUUACUACGAGCAUGCUCAUCAUCAAAAACAUUAUAAAGCUAUUAAGCGCCCGAUAGGAAGACAUGUAUUAAUACUUUCAAUAAUUCGUGAAAAAGGAUUUUAUAAUUUGUAUAAUCGACUAUGCCCAAUUAUGUUACGUGAAAUGUAUGGUGUUUUCUUCUAUUUUGGUGGAUUUUAUGGAUGUCGUGAUUUAAUCGAUAUCGUAUUUCAACCAGAAGAAAUUGGAUUCAUACAAGUAAUGCUAUCGGGUGGUAUGGGCGGUGCAGCUUAUCAUUGUUCAGUGCAUCCUAUUGGAAUUGUCCAUGCACGUAUGAAAACAAAUUUUGAUUUUUGGCCAAUAGUUUUCGAAAUUUUAAAAACAACCGGAAUUCGUGGAUUUUACACCGGAUUGGGCCCGGUUCUAUUUCGAGCUGUUCCAACAAGUGCUGUUUUAUUUGGUGCAGUGUCUACAUUAGAUGAUUAUUUGUUUUAUUCAUAAGUGUUGUUUUUGUAUAGUUAGAGAAUUUUUCUUAAAAUACUUAUAAUAUUAAAUGACUUUUU